AUGACUUUGAAAAUUCAUCUUCUUCCCUUCAACACGCGAGCGAAUGAUUAGUUUCAAUGAAAAUUUCAGUAAGUCCAUUCAUCUUUUUCCUUUGAACACGUAAUUUAAUUCAAGAUUCCACCAAGCUACACGCAAAUUCAAAACUUUUUAUAUUCAUCUUCCCCUACCAAUAAUAUUCAAACUCCAUAGAGCUUCAAUUUGCGCGUUAAUGGCUAAAAAUGCCAAAAACAAGCCGACGACAACCCUACAGGAGAGAGUAUAAAACCCUCGGUUGCUCUGUUCCCAAGGACACACAAACAGAACCAAAGACUAAAAGAAAAUGUUGAAUUCACUUUGCUUCAUCUUUGUCAUCCUCUUUGUCUUCUCCCCUUUUGCAACCUCUACCUUAUUGUUCCAGGUACUGUCUCUCUUUGUUCCUCUGAUCUCUCUUUGAACUUCUGGUGGAUGGUAUAACUUUCUCCGGAACUCCGUUUCCGAUAUCGCCGCCGCCGGUGUUACUCAUGUUUGGCUCCCACCGCCCUCCCAGUCAGUCAGUCGCGAGGGAUACUUGCCGGGAAGGCUAUAUGAUCUCGAUGCAUCGAGGUAUGGAUCUCAGGCCGAAUUGAAGUCAUUGAUCGAUGCUUUUCAUCAAAAGGGAGUCAAAUGCGUUGCUGACAUUGUGAUAAAUCAUAGAACAGCCGAGAGGCAAGAUAGCAGGGGUAUAUACUGCAUUUUCGAAGAUCAUCUCAAUCCGAGGGUACAAAAUGAGUUAUCGGAUUGGUUGAAUUGGUUAAAGACUGAGAUCGGAUUCGAUGGAUGGAGAUUCGAUUUCGUAAGAGGGUAUGCCCCGAGCAUAUCCAAGCUCUACAUGGACCGAACUUCACCGGAUUUCGCUGUCGGGGAGAAAUGGGAACAGUUAAAUGAAGGACAAGAAGAUGCACACCGUACUGACAUAAAAGAUUGGGUUGUAGCUGCCGGGGGCGUCGUGACGGCAUUCGACUUCACUACGAAAGGGAUUCUGAACGACGCGGUGCAAGGGAAGUUAUGGCUAUUGAAGGACUCGAAUGGGAAACCGCCUGGACUGAUAGGAAUUCUACCUCAAAAUGCUGUAACUUUCAUUGACAACCAUGACACUGGAUCAACACAAAAUCACUGGCCAUUCCCAUCUGAUAAAAUAAUGCAGGGAUAUGCUUACAUACUAACACAUCCUGGCAUCCCAUCCAUAUUUUAUGAUCACUUAUUCGAGUUCGGGUUGAAGGACGAGAUUAAUAGACUGGUGGUCAUCAGGAAUAAGAAUGGAAUUCAAAGCACAAGCACAGUUAAUAUUCUGGCAGCGGAAUCUGAAUUUUAUGUGGCUUCCAUCGAUGAUAAAAUCAUAAUGAAGAUUGGACCAAAGAUGGAUCUUGGAAACCUUGUUCCUUCCAAUUACCAGCUUGCUACCUCUGGGAACAACUAUGCAGUAUGGGAGAAGAAAGGGCUAGAGAGAUUCCGGAGUAUGAGCUUGGUUAAUUCAUUUGGUCUCGGUUUCUUUCACUCAUUACUAAAUUCACAGCUUCAAACUAAAACAGUGAAAUCUUCUUUGCUUGUUUUCCGCCAAUUACUACAAUCGAAUCUAAAGCCAUCUGAUUUCACUUUCGCUCUUCUCAUCAAAGCCUUAGCCUCAUCUUUCUCUGCUUCAAAUUCAUUAAAAUCCAAGCUAGAAGCCAAUCAAAUACAUAUCCAUCUACUUAAAUCCGGUAUUAUUCAACUUACAUACAUUAGAACUGGUCUUCUGAACUUGUAUGGUAACUUGGGUUGCAUUCAAAAUGCUCACCUUCUGCUCGAAGAAAUGCCUGACAGGGAUGUUGUUGCUUGGAACGCUUUGAUUUCAGGGUACUCAAAAAAUGGUUAUGCUUUUUUGGCCUUUAAUCUCUUCAUUGAAAUGGUUAGAGAAGGGUUUCGGCCUGAAGCUACGACGUUGGUUGGUUUGGUUCCGUCUAGUGGGAGGCUUGAGUCAGUGUUUCAAGGGAAAUCUAUUCACGGGUUUGGAGUUAAAGCCGGAUUAGAUAAUGAUCCCAAGGUGAAAAAUGCGCUUACUUCGAUGUAUGCAAAAUGUGGGGACUUGGAAGGGGCCGAAAUUUUGUUUGGAGAAAUGGUUGAAAGAAAUGCAAUUUCUUGGAACACUAUGAUUGGUGCUUAUGGACAAAAUGGUUCCUUUGAUGAAGCCAUGGCUUUUUUCAAGAAAAUGAGAGCGCAAGCUGUGGAACCAAAUUCUGUAACAGUUAUGAGCCUUCUAUCUGCUAAUGCAGAACCUGAAACUAUUCAUUGUUUUGCUAUUAAAACUGGUAUUGUAAACAAUGCUUCUGUAGUUACUUCUUUAGUUUGUGUAUAUGCCAAAUGUGGGGAUAGUGAGUCAGCUGAGUUGCUUCAUAAGUCAUUACCGCAAGAAAAUUUGGUAUCCUUGACUGCUCUUAUUUCUAGCUAUGGUGAGAAAGGGAAUAUGGAUAAGGUGGUAGCAUGCUUUGCUCGAAGUCGGGAACUCAAUAUGGAACUGGAUGCAGUUGCAAUGGUUAGCAUUCUCCAUGGGGUUAAAAAUCCUGCUUACAUUGCUAUCGGACUUGCUUUUCAUGGUUACGGAAUAAUGACGGGUCUAUCCAUGCAUUUUUUGGUCUCAAAUGGGCUAAUAAGUAUGUAUUCCAUGUUCGAUGACAUUGAAGCUGUAUUCUCUUUGUUUUCUGAGAUGCAAGAAAAACCAUUAAUCAGUUGGAAUUCAAUAAUAUCCGGCUGUGUGCAGGCUGGAAGAUCUGGUGAUGCCAUGGAGUUAUUUUUUCAAAUGAAGUUGCAAGGACAUGUACCAGAUGCCAUAACCAUUGCUAGCAUGCUAUCCGGGUGUUCACAAUUGGGUUAUUUACGUUAUGGUAAAAAGUUUCACAGUUUUAUCCACAGGAAUAACAUAAAAAUGGAUGAUUUUAUUAGUACUGCCCUUAUAGACAUGUAUGUGAAGUGUGGAAGCAUUGAGCUAGCUGAAAGAGUCUUCUGGGGCAUCAAAGAGCCAUGUUUGGCAACAUGGAAUACAAUGAUUACAGGUUACAGUAUAUCCGGAUUUGAAAAAAAAGCGCUUAAUCAUUACGCUGAGUUGCGAAAAAGAGGGUUAAAACCUGAUAAAAUCACAUUCUUGGGUGUUUUAGCAGCUUGUAUCCAUGGUGGCAAUGUCGAUAAAGGAGGAAGAUAUUUUCAGAUAAUGACCGAAGAAUUCGGUAUAUCACCAAGCCUUCAACAUUGUGCAAGCAUGGUUACACUCCUUAGCCGUGGUGGCUACUUUGAGGAAGCAUUUUUAUUCAUCAGGGAUAUGGAAUUCGAUCCUGAUUCCACGGUGUGGGGAGCUUUGCUCGAUGGGUGUUGCAUCCACCAAGAGGUCAAACUUGGGGAAUAUCUAGCCAAGAAAUUGUAUCUCUUGGAUCACACAAAUGGUGGCCUUUAUUUGUCGAUGUCAAAUCUUUAUGCUGCUAAAGGGAUGUGGGAUGAUGUAGUUAGAGUGAGGCAAAUUAUGAAGGACACUGGGGGGGAUAGCUCUUCAGGAGCUAGUCUGAUUGAAUUGACUUCAUAAUCUUGCCAUGCCAGAAGACCAGGAAUGGUACUAAUAGCCUGUAAACCAUAAAAUUGUCAAUUGAGUAACCCAAAACUCAUCUCUCAAAACUCCUUUCUCUAUUAUCAAGAUGUUGAAAAUUAAUGGUCAGGAUGAAGAAGAAGAUGAAGAGAC